AUUUUAUUUCCUCUGGAAACUCCCGACACUGCGCAGGUAACUGGCUUUACGCACGAGACUCCUCUGGAUGCGCUCGGACCACCCGGACAGUACAGAAACAAAAUGAGUAUGGAUCCGAUGAAAUCGGCCAUUUCCAUUGGGAAUGUGGACGACACGUCGCUGGCACUGCCGUCUCUUCACCAAUGUCGAUCAGCCCAACAGCGCGUCAUAGAACAAGUGCAGACUAUCCGGAGGAACAGGUCGAGGACGUCCAGCAGCAGCAGCAGCAGGAGUGGAUCUACUUCUUUGUCUCCAACAUCUCCUUCCUAUGACUUCGUUUUCACAGAAGCUCUGAAGUCACCGUCCAGCGCAUCUAACGGAGGCCUCUUCUCGGGGAAUGGCUAUUCUAAAACUCUCAACCAAGAGAAAACUUUCAGCCGGAGUGUAGUCAACAUUAAGGGAUCCAGUGUGAAGAAGAGCACGACUACCUAUCCGUCCAAGAGUGGUUACGCCUCUCUCGGCUCCAUGGCGGUCGGUCAAAACAACACCAGCCGCAGCGACUCUGAUCUGCUCGGUCGGGGCCUUGUGACACAGCGCUCCGUUCCUCCGCAGAGGCUCCUUUCCAAUAGGGGCGCCUACAAGACAGAGCGGGUCAGCGCUCACUUUGUAACAAACACGGCAUCCCAGCCUCAGCUGCAGCCUGUGCACACUGUGAACGGCACAGGUCAGACCAAAACAAACAGCCACUUCGUAAGCAGCCAAGUGAACGUGACCAAAACUCUCCCGAAGUCUCCCGUUACUGAGAGCGCUCCGAAGAGCAAAGGAGAUUCUGGGUCAAACGACAACAGUGGAUUUGCUGAUAUCACUAUGAAGGAGGCUGUCGAGUAUCUUUCCAGCGAGGACGAGACGUAUCAGCACUGUGGCGCUUCCUACAUACAGCACAACACUUUCAUCGACGACAAAGCUAAAGAGGAGGUGCUGAAGCUCAAUGGGAUCCACCCUUUGGUGGGUCUGCUGCGCAGCUCCAGUUCACAAGUCAGCCAGACGGCCUCGGCUGCCCUCCGUAACCUGUCCUUCAAAAGCAACGACAACAAGGAGCGGGUGCAUCGCUCGGGUGGCGUCACGGAGGCUGCGGCUCUGCUCAGAGAUACGGACUCUGUAGAGAUACAGAAACAGCUGACAGGUCUUCUGUGGAAUUUGUCCUCUGUAGACAGCGUGAAGCCAGACCUGCUAAAGAGCGCUCUGCCUGUCUUAAUGGAGCGUGCGAUCCUGCCGUACACAACAGGUCCCGACCGGACCAGCAGUAACAGCCGGGACCCCGAUGUCUUCUUUAAUGCCACCGGAUGUCUAAGAAACCUAAGCAGCACGAAGCAAAGCAACAGACAGGCGAUGAGAAAAUGUCGAGGUUUGGUCGACUCUUUGGUCAGUUAUGUUAAAGGCUGCGUGGAUGCAGGAACACCAGAUGAUAAGUCCGUGGAAAACUGCGUGUGCAUCCUGCACAACCUGACGUUCCAGCUGCAGGCCGAGGCUCCGGCUCUGUUUAGCAGGAUCACGGCGCUGGCCAAGACGGUCAACAGGGGUCCCAGCCAGGGCGACACCAGCUCCACCGGCUGCUUCAGUCCCCAGGGCAAAACAUCAGAACACGAGGCUUGGAGUGACAGUGCGAGACUUUGUGCUGUGACUCCACACUUUGACUUCCCGGUUGUGGAGGAUCCACAACCGAGUGGGGCCGGUUUGCUGAUCCACUCCAAAACUAUGCAGAGUUACCUGUCUCUGCUUGAGACUAGCCAGCGAGAAGAAACACAGGAGGCCUGUUGUGGAGCCCUGCAGAACCUCACCGCACAAGAAAGCAUUGUCUCCAGUGUAAUGUGCCAGACCAUUGUGCAGAAAGUGAAUGGCCUGCAAGUUAUCGGUCCCCUUAUAAAAUCAAAAAAAGUCAACAUGCAGAGGAACGCAGUGGCUUUGGUAGGAAACCUGACCCAGAACCCAAACUUGCACAGUGUCAUAGCUCGUAAAGCCCUCCCAGGGCUGCUGGGCAUCCUCAGCGCAGGCACCAAGGAAGGAAAUGAGUCUGACGACACGCUGUCCAUGGCCUGCCAGACUUCUAACUGCCUGCUUAUGAAGGAACCUGAGAUGGGCAAGGACCUGUUAAACAACAACCUGAUUAAUUCACUGAAAGAUCUCAGCCAGAACAGACAUUUCCCCAAAUCCAGCAACGCUGCAGCCCUGCUUCUCCACAACAUGUGGUCAGAAAAAGAUUUACAAAGCGUCCUGAAAAAGCAAGGGAUGAGUAAGUCCUCGUUUGUGAAUGACACCACCGCGGCGGCACACAACUCGGUUCAAGUUGUCGAUUAACGGCAGCUUAGACGGACGGCUGGAAGUCAUUUUGACAGAGAAACUCCCCUGAAGGUCUGCUGCACAUCCACUGAGGCUGAGCGACAUCCUUUUUAACAUCACAAAGACUUAGAGUUUAAAUACAUGUCCACAUAAUGCUUCCAUCAACAGGCAGCAUCCCUGUAAAUACUGUAAGGUUGCUUUUUAUUUGUAGGAAAGAAAGGCUAAGAUGUAACAUGUUAGCAACUAGACAGUCAUUGUUUGCUUUUUGAGGGUUUAGAUUACAUUUUGCACUAAGAUUGUUUUUUUAACAUCAUGACCGGAUGUAAAAAAAUAAAAAAGUAAAAACUGAUUAAGUAAAAUGAACAUAGCUAACAGAGGACAUUUUCUGUUAUAGUUUAUAAGUUUGCUAUAAAAUCAGUGACCUUGUCUUAAGCAGCGAUGUGUGUUGGUGAUGUAUCCAUUUAUUUUUCAUAUGUGGACGAUUGUGAAAUAUUUGUAAUGUCCCCAAAAAGUGUAAUUAAUAAAGCUUGACAGAGCUCUACUCCUCGA